CUUUCAACCCCAACAACAAUUACUUCUCUGGCUUCACGAUUCUGCGGCCAGCCGCAGCAAAAAGGCUGCGGCUGCGAGGUCAGCCUCGAGGACUUCUUGCUCUGUAAGUCCGCAACAUGCCUCAACCCGCCUCCCAACUCUAUGAUGUAUAUCAUACACACUGUUCCCGCGAACUCCUGAGCGCAAGAACAAACAUGCAUCACCAUCUGACCCCCCACCUAUCUUGGGCUUCGAACAAAUGUUUGCAUCAACAAUUGAGGGCAAUCGCUGACUCAAACUCCAGGGUCUCGUGCAAGCAAUGGACAGGUGUUGUUGCUCGACUAUGGCUGAGCUCCCUUUUUACUAUCUUGGUUUCUUCCCGGCAGGAAAUGCAACGUGUAGGUAUCGAUGUUGAGUAUCGCGAGUUGUGGCCCAUUGCUCCUAUCAUUCUAUUCCCGCCCUCUCGUGGUUGUCAGGCUCCUGAGAUAGUUCUAUCGGCACUCAUGGUGACGCCCGAACCGUAUGACAUGUUUUUUUCGCUUGUGAUCACAAAUUGCGUGCUUGACGUUUGUUUGAAGCCGACCAUUGAGUUCAUGGAGAGUGAUGUCUAAGAUAACUUAGAACCUUCGACUAAUUGCCGUAUGUAAGGACAUUCGGUCCAUUCAUAUGGAUUGUCAUUUCGUGAUUAAUAAAGUGAGGCCACAAUAUGGCUAUGCUUGGCUUUCCAGUUUUGAUACCGUCAUGCCAUUACGAGGAGAGGUAAUGUGUUGCUGUGUUUGCGCGUGAGAAUGGCAGAUUGCAAUCGCAUGUUUCUUCGAUAACAUUUUUUGCAAGUAUCAUUCGACAAAGCUGCCAUCU